UUAACAUUUUGAUCAUUUAUGUAAAUUAUAGCCAACUUUUAGGUUUAUAAAUGCAAGAAAUAGUAAUUAGACAGCAGAGAAAUUGCCCAUUUAUAACCAUGAUCAUACCAAAUUAAUAUUCGAAAUGUUCCUAGUUCUGAAGCUGCCAAGUUUAACUGAAAUUUGGGUUCCAUUCCUUCUAUGGGUCAAUUUUUAUUGUGAGUUCUUAGCAAAGAACAAGAUACAUUUAGUGGUUAUAUCUGGGUUGUUGAUACCACAAAAUUAACUUGAGAGCCUUUAUUAUUUUACCACUAAUCUGAAUCGGUCCUCUAUUUAAUGAGUUGCUUUCAUUUCUUCUAAAGUUUUUAUUUUUUCAUUAAUAAUAGAGUAAAGCCUUUGUUCUUCGAAGCUCUUAUAUAAUCUGAAAUAUACUGAAUGUGCUUUUCUCUGGCAUUUGCUCUUCCUUCUCCAAGACCUUUCGACAAUUUUAAAUAACAUUCCUGGAGAAACUAAAAUUCCUAUUGUAUCUUCCUCCCUCUUUUUCAGCCCGACGAGCUUCCUUAUGCUUCCUCACUUAUCGACCUUUUAUCGUAUUCUCCCAAUCACAAUGAUGACCUUUAUCUCAGAUGCUGGAUUCUUUCUGUGAAGAAAAUGCUCUCUGCAUUUUUCUUAUUACAUCUUGAAUUAUAAUGUCAUGAUGAUUCGUCUGGAUUUCAUUUACUAUCUCAGAGAUAUCAGCACAGCCUAG